AUGCUAUGGAUAUCAAUUGUGUACAUUUUUUCUGCGAUUCAUCCCUCUUCUACUGCGGACUCUGUGACGAAUCAACCAUCAGCCGUCAUCUCUAAGCCGACGGAACCGCUGUCACCCACGCGCUCCACUCGGACACUAUACGAUGUAAGAUGGUCCAUUUCGGAGUUGCAGAACACGUCGAAUCCGCUGGUGGAUGCGGAAGCUGCUCGUAUUCGCCUACUUUGUCCUCCCUGGAUGUAUCAGCCAACGACCGACUCAUCAGCCGCGGAUUCUGUCGAUACGAACACAAGCGAUGCGAAUUUCAUCAGUGAGCGCACAAACUAUACAAUGGAGAAACAGUUUGUAUGUCAAUAUUGCCAUCAGCUUGGUGAUUACGAGGUGAUUUGUCGCGGCCGAACUCACUGCCGCCAGCCAAAUGUGGCCCGAAGUUUUUAUGAAACACUUUGUGAACCGAUGCCUUACACACUGUGUAUGGGUCGACGCGUUUUUCGACGGAUGCUGCCGUGCAACUGGUCUUCCGGCAAACGUUACUGGACCGCCGUGUUAUUGAGCCUGUUUCUCGGAGGCUUUGGUGUGGACCGUUUCUAUUUGGGUAUGUGGAUGGAAGGACUGGGAAAAUUGUUCAGUUUUGGCGGUUUAGGAAUCUGGACUGUGGUCGACUUUCUGCUUAUACUAGCUGGAUACGUAAAGCCACCUGGUGAUGCUGUCUAUGUGUGA